CGGCGGCGCGGGUGAAAGGGCGGCCGGGCAGCGGCGGCCGCGGACAUGGCGCUGGCUCCGCUCCUGCGCUGCGGCGGCCGGCGGGCGCGGCUGCCGGGGUGGGACACACUGUGUUCAAGAUGGUGCCUUAUAACUUCACAUAAACUCUAUUCAUCUGUGUAUGAUCCAAAUGAAAAGACUUUUGAAAAACUGCUUAUUGCCAACAGAGGAGAGAUUGCAUGCCGAGUCAUCAAAACGUGUAAGAAGAUGGGGAUCAAAACAGUUGCCAUACACAGUGAUGUCGAUGCCAAUGCUGUUCAUGUGAAAAUGGCGGAUGAAGCUGUCUGUGUUGGCCCAGCUCCCACCAGCAAAAGCUACCUCAACAUGGAUGCCAUCAUGGAAGUCAUUAGGAAAACCAGGGCCCAAGCUGUACACCCAGGAUAUGGAUUUCUUUCAGAAAAUAAAGAAUUUGCUAGACGUUUGGCAUCAGAAGGUGUCACCUUCAUUGGACCUGACACACAUGCUAUUCAAGCUAUGGGAGACAAGAUUGAAAGCAAAUUGUUAGCCAAGAAUGCAAAGGUCAACACAAUCCCUGGCUUUGAUGGAGUAGUCAAGGAUGCAGAUGAAGCUGUCAGAAUUGCAAGGGAAAUUGGCUACCCUGUCAUGAUCAAGGCCUCAGCAGGUGGUGGUGGGAAAGGCAUGAGAAUCGCUUGGGAUGAUGAAGAGACCAGGGAAGGUUUUAGGUUUUCGUCUCAAGAAGCUGCUUCAAGUUUUGGUGAUGAUCGCUUACUGAUAGAAAAGUUCAUUGAUAACCCUCGUCACAUAGAAAUCCAGGUUUUGGCAGAUAAACAUGGCAAUGCCUUGUGGUUGAAUGAAAGAGAAUGCUCCAUUCAAAGGAGAAACCAGAAGGUUGUGGAGGAGGCACCAAGCACUUUUCUAGACCCUGAAACUCGAAAAGCAAUGGGAGAACAAGCAGUAGCUCUUGCCAAAGCAGUAAAGUAUUCCUCUGCUGGAACAGUAGAAUUCCUUGUAGACUCCAGUAAGAAUUUCUACUUCUUGGAAAUGAAUACUAGACUUCAGGUUGAACAUCCCGUCACAGAAUGCAUUACCGGCCUGGACUUAGUCCAAGAAAUGAUCCGUGUUGCCAAGGGUUACCCUCUCAGGCACAAACAGGCUGAUAUUCCCAUCAACGGCUGGGCGGUUGAAUGUCGAGUUUAUGCUGAGGACCCCUACAAAUCUUUUGGCCUGCCAUCCAUUGGUAAACUGUCUCAGUAUCAGGAACCAUUGCAUGUGCCAAAUGUACGUGUUGACAGUGGUAUACAACAAGGAAGUGACAUUAGCAUUUAUUAUGAUCCCAUGAUCUCAAAACUGAUUACCUAUGGCUCUAAUAGAGCUGAAGCACUGAAAAGAAUGGAAGAGGCUUUGGACAACUACGUAAUUCGAGGUGUAGCUCACAAUAUUUCUUUACUGCGAGAAGUCAUCAUCCAUCCACGCUUUGUUCAAGGGGACAUCAGCACUAAAUUCCUUCCUGAAGUCUAUCCUGAUGGUUUUAAAGGACACAAGUUGACAGAUCUUGAAAGAAGACAACUACUGGCAACAGCAGCAUCUUUAUAUGUGGCUGAACAACUGAGAUCACAGCGAUUUUUAGGGACUCCAAGAAUUCCUAUUGCUAAAUCAAAGAGAAGUAGCUGGGAGCUCUCUGUGCAUCUAGGAGAUGGAAUUUACCCAGUUGCAGUUUCAAAGCAUGGCUCAUCGUUUUUUGUGGAAGUUGAUGGGAUGAAACUAAAUGUGACCAGCGAGUGGAACCUGGCUUCACCCUUGUUGUCUGUCACCAUUGAUGGCACUCAGAGGACCAUACAGCGUAUUUCUCGGAAUGCCUCUGGAGAGACCAGCAUUCAGUUUCUAGGCACAGUGUACAAAUUGCAAAUCCUGACGAAGGUUGCUGCGGAGCUGAGCAAGUACAUGCCAGAGAAAGCAGCAGAGGACACCUCCAGCAUUUUGAGAUCUCCCAUGCCUGGAACAGUGGUGGCAGUUUCUGUCAAGCCUGGGGACAUGGUUUCGGAAGGUCAAGAGAUUUGUGUAAUUGAAGCAAUGAAAAUGCAGAACAGUAUGAUUGCUGCUAAAACAGGCAAGGUAAAAGCUGUGCACUGCAAAGCUGGGGACACCGUUGGAGAAGAAGAUCUGCUGGUGGAACUGGAAUGAAAGUUUGCCUCCACACUGUUGAAUUAACUAAGCCUUUAUUAUUUUUAUCUGUAAAGUAACAUUAAGACAAUUCAACAGAGAAAACAGACAGUACUAUGCACAAGAUUUUAUACAGGCAUAUUUACUGUAUCAGUGGUUAAGACAGCAAACACAGAUGUUAAAUCUUGGCAACAGAUCCCAGAUUUUUACUUCCAGAAAUACUUGUACAUAACCUUUGUAAUGCUUUGAUUUUUCAGGAUCAAAUAAAAUCAAUAAAAUACCAUUUCUGCUUUGAAACAGGAAAA